GCUUGUGUGUGUGCACUGGUUUUAGUGGUUUACAAGUACAUAAAUUUGUUUGACCUAGGUAUUACAACGUUGAGAUGGUUUAUGAGGACAUGACAUGUGUCCUCAUAAUUCAAAAUGCUUCAAUUUCAUAUUUAUAUGCCACAGGUUUCCUUUAAGGGUGGGGUUUAGGGGUAGGAUAGGCCACAUAAUAAACACUUUUUACAGUAUAAAAUGUAUUAUGACUAUGGAGAGUCCUCAUAAACCACCAAAACCAAUGUUUGUGUUUGUGUGUACUUCCUAAAAUGCUUAAUUGUGUUCUUAUUCUUUAGGAUAAGCAGACUUAAUCUUACCUCUGUGCUGCUCAUUCCAGAUUUUUAAAGCUGAGCUUGGAAAUCAAAUCUUUUUUUGUUGUAAUCUGAGAGUUUUAAGUUGCAAGGCUUCGGUUCAGCUGUCUUUUCUGUGCACGCUUGCUUGGAUACAACAGCUGAAAGUCCUGUGUUGGAUGCAUGCUCUGUGUUCUCUCAGUUCAUUUGCAUUCAUGAGCAUUAAGUUGUGCUCAUCCACAGUCUGCUGUGGAUUUAUUGUCAUUAGAGCUGGACUCUGGUAACUCUGGCCAUUCUGCUGAGCUCUGAGCUUUUUGUGGUUGUCUGUCUGCAAGUCUCUUUGCCACAGUGCUAUAGCAAGUUCUUUCUGGGAAUCCGAGAUGCUGAGUUUGUGUUUUCCACAAGAGUUUCCAUUUUUGUCUGAAAAAAAAAAAAGUUCUGAAAAUACCUUGAUAGCAGUGUCCCUUUUGGAAGAAAAAAAAGCUUGUGGCAUUGAAGCUGUUUUGCUGGAAAAAAAUGUUGGAUUUACAACCUAGCGUCUAAAUGUUUCUAUAAAUAUAACCCCUGCACAAUCAAGGACAGAUUUAUUUUGUUUUAAGCAAACUGGCAUGUCGUGCUGCGCUGUAAGUUUUCCCUGACCCUCUGUUUCCAUGGCCCCCUCAUGUGGCCGCUCUUCACUGCCUAUAGCACGAGCUAUCUCCGCCUAUGAAAACACGGCACACGAUUGGCUGAUCCUGCAGAUGCACAGGAAGUUCAGGGUUUCUAAUAACCACCCAGAGACACAGUUACCAUAGAGACAAAGAUAAGCCCCCUUACUGAAAAAAAAGCCUGCAUGUCAUCACUGCAGCCUGCAGAAAGCGUCUGCUCUCUCUCUCUCUUCUGCCAGUUCUCCUAUUAGCAGCUGCUCAAACAGUACAGCCCCUGCCUUAUGAAGGUUGCCUCAGGUUUUCUUCUUUCACCGCUCUUCAAAUGCACUCUGCACUUAACGAGCCUUGGUCUAAAUGGGUCCGGUUAUGCCUCCCAGUAAGAAGCCGGAAAGUUCUGGGGUCAGCGUGGCGAGCGGCCUGAGCCAGUUCUAUCAGGCCAGCUCCAUCACCAGAGCCCUGCAGGAGGCUGAGGAGAUGGACCUGGCUCUUCCCACCAUCAAACUGGAGAAGGGGAGCGUGGAGGACGAGGAGCUCACCAACCUCAACUGGCUCCACGAGAGCAAAAAUCUGCUCAACAGCUUCGGUGACCCCGUGCUGAGGAGCGUCAGUCCCGUCCAGGAUCUGGACGAUGACACCCCGCCUUCUCCAGCCCACUCGGACCUCCCAUAUGAUGCCAAGCAGAACCCAAACUGCAAACCUCCUUAUUCAUUCAGCUGUCUCAUCUUCAUGGCCAUAGAAGAUGCUCCUUCCAAGAGACUGCCGGUUAAAGACAUUUACAACUGGAUUCUGGAACACUUCCCUUACUUUGCCAAUGCCCCCACGGGGUGGAAGAACUCUGUCAGGCACAAUCUCUCCCUCAAUAAGUGUUUUAAGAAAGUGGACAAGGACAGGAGUCAGAGUAUUGGGAAGGGCUCCCUGUGGUGCAUAGACCCAGAAUACAGACAGAAUCUCAUCCAGGCACUGAAGAAGACGCCUUAUCAUCCCUAUUCCCAGGUGUUCACCACACCUCCCACCUCUCCUCAGGCAUAUCAAAGUAUGUCCAGUCCUCCAAUAUGGCCAGGAAGUCCCUUUUACAGGAAAAACAAGGGAGUCCUACUACAAGUUCCUCAGGGAGUGAUCCAGAACGGAGCUCGAAUGAUGAGCCAGGGCCUCUUCCCAGGAAUCCGACCCCUUCCCAUCAACCCCAUCGUCAGCAGGACAGCUGCUGUCAGGUCAGUACUGGGAUACAGAAUCACCAGUGACACUGAACCAACCCAAAACUCUCCACUGGCCACCAGCGACCCCAAGGAGGACCACACCUACAGUUUCGCCAAAUCUUCCGGCUCGGAUGCUGAAGAGGAGGCACAGUGUGAUGGAAGUGAGCUCAACUUCCACACUAAUGAGACCGGCAGCGAUGCGGAGGACGACGAUAAGAGUAAAAUCAAGAAGGAGCCCAAGGAGUGGUCAGUGGACGCCCUCGCUCUGGCCCAGCACAAGAAACGGCAACUUUUGACAAAAGUCAAACAGAGAGUGGCCAGUGACACUCUUCCUCUAAAAAAGAGGCGCACGGAGAAGCCUCCGGAAAGUGACGACGAGGAGAUGAAAGAGGCCGCCGGAUCCCUGCUUCAUUUGGCAGGAGUCCGGGCCUGUUUGAACAAUAUCACCAACCGGACGGCAAAGGGGCAGAAAGAGCAAAAAUAA